CUAUGCUCACAUCAAAGUUCUCCAGACAUCAAUGCCCAUUAUUCGUCCUACCUCAUCUCAGGAUUUAUGCAGUCGACACACUGUCUAUCUUUCGUGAAGUCUUCAAACGACCAACGAUGUCCGACACUCGAACGAUCACAGAUGCCGAGUGGGAAGUGCAAAAAAAGAUUAUCGAAAGGCUGUACCAGAACCACACGCUUAGCAAAGUCAUGUCUCUGAUGGAGGAAGACCAUGGCUUCAUUGCAAAGAAAGCUCAAUACACCCGGAAAUUCAAGCAAUGGAACUUUUCAAAGUAUUCUACAAGUGACAAAUGGAAAUUUGUGGCUCGAGAAUUGGAGAAGCGGAAGCGCGAUGGCAAGGAGAGCGAGACAUAUAUCAACGGGAAACUAAUCCCAAACAAGAAGAUCAAGAAGGAAACAUCAAGAUAUCUUCUCCCUUCCUAUUACAAUACACUCGGCACAUCACCGAUUCUACAAACACCUACUGGGGUCGAAGUUUGCACGCCACGAGGAGGAGAUUGGGAGCCUCGAUUUGUGGACUACCUUCAUAUUCCGUGGUUUGAGUUCGAGGAAUUUAUUCAUAGAGAUGUCGACUUCCCGCGGGGCAAUGUUCAUCAACGAUAUCCUGCAUUCGUCCCCUGCGACGACAGGAACCUUCCUGGGUCUCUUGACAUCUACAGCGUCAACUCAUCCAUUCCUCAGUUCACACUGCCCGAGGAACAAUGGAACUUCCACGAAAUCGAAACAAAUGUCCAGACAGGCUUUGACUUUGAUUUUCCCGGCGAUGCUCUUUCUAGAUACUUAAGCCCGUCUGUUGAAGUAGCGGAUGAAAACCAAAGUCCCUUCAAUUCACACACCUCCAACGAAGAAGCACGAUCAGUAUUCGCAGAUAUAAUAGGGGAUCCUUAUUUUUCAAAUGAUGAGGAUGCCACCCACGCGGUUACUUCACGAUUAGCUGGACUCUUACCCGAGAGACAAGACGGGGAGCUCGUGCGGAAUGUCAAGAAAAUAUUUGACUUAUCAUCGAUGGUCGAUGCAUCACUUCAGCUUCUACGCUAUACCGUUUUCCUCUCAUCCAACAAUCUUUUGUUCGAUUCACAAAUUGAUAAGUUGCUCAAGUGGAUGAUUAAGACUGAUCAAUCCUUCCUCAUAGAACGCUUGAUCAAGAUCAAGACACCAUCAGUGGAGAUCUUCCUGUCACACCUACUUCUUAAUGCAACCAGACUGCAGGAGAUUGAUAUGGUACUUGCUGUUCUCGCUCAUGGGAUAGAUGUCAAUACACCAAUAGGCCGGGUAUACAAAAGGACUGCGCUAUAUCAGGCAACGAGGGAACGUGACGUGCACCUCGUUCGACUUUUGCUGAAUGCGGGGGCAAACCCAAAUGCAAGUAUUACGCUCGACCAGAAGGAGUCUCCACUACAAGCUUCAGUAAGAUUAGACAACAACCAUGAAUUGAUCCAGAUCUUGCUCAAUGCAGGAGGUGACGCGAAUGUUGCGCCUAUCGACUAUUGGACUCCGCAUACGCUAUUGACCUCUGCGGUAUUGAACCGCGACGCGGCUUUGGUUCGAAUACUCUUGGAGUCGAAAGCAGAGGUGAACAUGAUGACGAAGUCUUCUAUCACAGCGCUACAAGCAGCAGCUUUGGUCAAUGAUGUGGCAAUCGUGCAGAUUCUUGUCGAUGCCGGAGCUGAUGUCGAUGCUCCAUUCGGAUAUCGGUACGAGACAGCUCGUGUGGCAGCAGCGGAGGACGGCCA